UAUAGCUGCACAUGAAAUGGAAGAAAGGCAAACCAGACAGAAUUUAAAAAACGUGAUUGAAAUAGAAAUGAAAAGAUUUGGGCUCGAUUACAAACAACUUUUGGCGGUGACACACGACAAUGGCGCUAAUAUGCUUGCAGCAGUUAGAUGCUUGAAAAAAUUGAUGUCUACGACUACGGCAGAAGUGGCUUUAGGCUCUGUUCUGCCAAAAGAAAACACCCUGAUUUGUAACUCGAUUGUAGAUGCCGAAUCAGACAGCUCUUCGGAAGAUGAGAGCACACCUGUAUGUGAUUUCAAGAAUGCGCUAGAAUAUGACGAUUUCAUUCAAAACUACUCGGAAGCGGAACAUAAUGCGCAAACCAUCACCACCGAACAAGAAAAAGAUAACGAAACAAUAGAUUUGGACAUUCUGGAAAGCGUUAGGUGUGGCGCGCACACUGCUCAGUUGGCGGUGUGGGAUGUGUUGCGGAACUACAAAACUAGGCUAUCUAACAUAAACAAAAAAUGUUUAAAAAUGUACCAUAAGGAGAAUCGGCAGCUCUUCAAUCAACACAAAAUAGCGCUUCCACCGAAGGUAUGCCAAACCCGAUGGAAUGUUUGGUACAUUUUGAUGAAAUACCUGAAGAGUCUCGAAGGAACGCCAUUUUUGGCAUUACUUCAAAACAAGGACCCAUACAUCGAUUUUUCGUGUCAAUGGAACUUCAUCCGGAAGUUUUGUGAAGCUUUUGAGCCAGUUUUCGUAUUGACAUUGAAGACACAGAAGGAUCACGUGCCGCUUACCGAUUUUUACGCGGAAUGGCUAAUAUGCCAAGCACAGCUUAAUGGCUGCUCUGAAGAAAACAUCCUCGCCAGAAAACUGUUGGCAGCUAUGGAAAGCCGAAUGAAGACGCUACGGAACAGUAUGCCAUUUAAAGCAUGCAUAUACAUGGAUCCACGAUUUAACUUUUUCGGAUCGAACAGACUUAGCAAUAAUGAAAAGUCAGAAGUACAGCAAUAUCUCCUUGCUUUAAAUGCUAAACUGAACGAUAUUGCAGGUUUGAAUACAGAAAUCUGUGAGGAAAAUGCAGAUACAACAAGGGCAUCCUCUGACGAUUUUGUAGAGCAAUAUCUUACUCACCUAUUCCACGAAGACACUGUAACGACCCAACAUGGUUUUAUUAGUAGUGAUCCUUUUCUUAAGGAAAUCAUAAAACUAGAAAGUCGAACAAAAGUACCAAUAGUUGCUCCGCAGGAACCAGGGUUGACUCCUUCUGGGAGAAGUCAAGUAAACUUUGACAUAAUGCAAUAUUGGAAACAACGAAAAUUUGCCAAUCCUAAUAUAUACCGCUUAGCCAUAGCAUUGUUAUCUGUACCGUCCACCCAAGUCACUGUUGAAAGGCUUUUCAGUCAGCUGAAACUGGUGUUGACUGAUUCUAGAACAUGCUUAAGCGAUAAGAUGAUAAGCGAUAUCAUGCUUUUAAAAAUGAAUUCGUCGUUAUGGCCACAGAUAAUAGAUAUCAUUGAAGCUGAGAUAGACGAGAAAAAUAACUUUUGA